UGCGUGCCCCCAGUGCUGCGCGCUCACCGCUCGCCUCCGCUUUCUGCAUGACUGCUUUCUGCUGCCCCGGGCUGCCAUCCUCUCGCCCUUCCCACAGCGCUUCAUCUGACACCAUUGAGCUCCCAGUGGGAGACAGAAUGAGAGAGGAGUAGUGAAGCAGCCUCUCGCUCAGGGAGAGGCGUGCAGGAGCCCAUGGAACAGGCCAGCAUCUCUCUGCCCGCGCUCGAGGACGCUGAGGGAGCCCUGCAGUCAGGGAGCUCCGCUGAGACGCCAUCUAUGCAGUCAUUUUGCACCAAAGGGAGAAAUGGGGUCUGCGGUGCUUCUGGUUGUGUCUCUGGAAACCGAGAUAAGGGUAAUUGGAGCUCAGGCUUCAAGGCACAAACGGUGUCUGUGGGAGCGGGGGGAGCAGCCCUUGUGCAUGAGACGUCAUCCCACGGGGAUGAGGCUGAGAAAUGCUCCUGGGCAGCCGGUGGCCACACUGGAGCCGUGGGGACAAGGUGAAAGGCUUUGUGCAGAACGUGCUGAGCAUCGCAGAUCCAUUCCCCUGUUGUUUCUUCUUCUUCUUGCUGGUUUUGGGGUUUUUUUUGAGUGUGAAGGACUCCAAUUCUUUCCGCCGUGAUCCUUUAGCUCACGUCCACCCCACGCCGCGCUGUGAUGCCGUGACUCUCCAGCACUUUUCCUCUGAAGGUCUCAGAUCGAAGCCAGCGCUGUUAAAGCAGACUCCCGCGUGCCGGGCUGACGCUCCUCCUCACAAAGCAGAGCAGGAGGAGAACCAGGAAUAGAUCCCCAGCAACCUGUGUUAAGCCCUUCAGCACUGAGUCAUCGCUGGGCAACCCUGCAGGCUGCUGCGUGGGCAGAAAAAGGGAAAAUUGAAGUGAAUUUCUCACUCCAAGCCUGAACUUUCUGGAAGAGCUUGGCAGAGGCCAGGCUGCAGGUCAGCUCGCAGGAAUUUGGGGUGGCUGGACACAAACUGGUGUCUUUGGGGCACCCCAGCAGUGCAGGAGGCUCAGGGCGUUUCUGCAGGUUGAGAGAUCGUCUGCUGAUGGGAGAACAAUUGGUGUGCAGCGAUGCACGUGGCUCUGUUGGACCUCACGAGCUUCUCCUGGCCCUGCUGAACGGCAUCCCAUCCUUCAGCUGGGUCCACCCCACACUUCUGCACUCCUUUUGGACUUCUUUCCUGCCUGAGGACUCUGUUUGGAUCCUCCCGGGGUUCCUCGGCCCGCCGGCUCCACGUGGCCCUGCCCAGCCUGGCAGCGUGGCAUCUCUCUGCUCUUUGAAGGUUGUGCAAAGCCAGCCUGGCCAGUUCUACCACCCUGCUGGCAGGCUGAGCGCAGCAGCGCUGCGGUGAGCGUUGCGCCGUGCCGCUCUCAGCGUGACAAACUCCUGGUGGAUGACGUCCCGUGGCUCCUCUGCCCCACUUCCACUCAGGUGUGCCUGUAUGCCUGCUUCCAUUGCUCCAGCAACGCAGGGCUCGCGUCCCAACUGCGGAGGGCACGGCGAUGUCAAGGAAAUGCCGUUUCCACUUCCACGGCGUGGCUGGGACGGAGCCCCGGCGCUGGGAUCCCUUCUGGUUGCGCUGCUGGGCUGCAGUCAGGGCGUGUGUGAGCUCGGAGCUGUGGCUCCCACAGCCUGAAACCACAUGAGAUCUUUACUGCCAAAUCAAAUGCGAUAGCUGAGCCUGCAGCCUUGCAUUACGCAGUCUUGGGGGGGCUGGGAGUGAAGGCUUUGAGAGCCGGUGUCUGUUUGCGUUUUGAAGCUGGGCCGCGUGCAGCAGGAGGAAGGAGAGCAGCAGGACGUCAGUGGUGGGGCUGAGGUCCUUCGAGCUGAGCUCUGGGUGCAGCUGCCUGGGGACUGAGGCCACGCUGGGUUUGUCUGCGAGGCGAGGGCCGGCAGGAUGUGCUUCUGCUAAUUGUGUUAAAGCCCCGAAAGAUACGAGGGUAGAAACUUCCUUUGAUGCGCUUUUAUCUUCCUGUGAAUUAAUUAGCGCGUUUCACAAGCCUCUGAAAUUGCUGCUGGGGGCUCUUUGUGCUCUUGGCAGCCGAGCAGAACAGCUGGUGGAUUUCUGUAGUCACGGCAGCUUUUGACGGCUGGAAAUGGGAGGUGUUGAAGCUGCUGCUUGUUCUGCACCAGGGAAACAACUUGCCAGAAGGGCAGAUGAGUUUUGCCCCUUAGACGGGGAAGAGACGCAGCAGCUCCAACUCGUUCCCACAUCAGCGUUCUGCCCAGCUCUCCGCUGCUCUUUCCCCCUUCCCUGAAAGAUAAGAAAGCUGUGAAUGCUGUAACGCAGCCUCGUUUGCUUCAUGAGGGCUCGGGGACCCCGGGUGGGCGAUGCCAGCACCAAGGGCGACGCCACCUGGCUGCUGCAGGCGCCGAGGCGACGCUGGCGGAGGUUUGCUCUCAUCUGCCCGUCUUUUUUUUCCAUCUCUUUCUCUCAUGAUUCCAGGAAAGCUUCCCAGUGCUGCUUAGCAGCGUAGCAAAGCUGCUGUAGAUAUUUUGGUCCCCGAACGCUCUGCAAAAGAACAAGGAAGAGGAAAAUGAGGACGAAUGGGAAGUGAGCAAUCUAGUUGUAAGCUGCUAGGUGAUUAACAUUCACAGCCCUGCUUUUUUUCUUGCGUGUUUCCCCCUCCGUGCUUGUAAAAGGCAUUUAAAUAAGAAUGGAGCUGGGACCUCUUGGAGAUGCUGUUGGGCUGUGCUGGGUGCAGCAGGGCUCGCAGCUGCCCUGAUCUGCUUUCCCUGUCCCAUUCGCCACCUGCUGCCUUCGCUCCCGUGCUGCCCCUGAGUUGGGCCAAUUGCCCAUGGGGGCUGCUGGGGGCGAGAAGUUCAUUUGCAAGACGUGCCAACUAAUUGGGCCGACUCGAGAGUGUUUCCUCUGAGCAAAAUCAGAGAGGAGAGAAUGGAAACGUGCACCCUCACAUCAGAGCCUUGAUUUCCAGCUGGAGAUCCUCGCAUCGGGGGCUGCUCGGUUCCUUCUGCCCACCCCAUGGGAUCACACAGCUCACGCUGCUUCUCCUUAGCAAGCAGCACGCUGCUCGUCUGCGUGGAAAACAGAUGAAGAGGCAGAGCUUUGAGCUGUGAUCCUCGCCCUCAGGAGAGGCUUACAGCCCUCGGGGAGCCCUGGUGAGCGUCCUGCUGUCCCCCCAGCAGGUUCUGGGGCUGCUGUUCCUGAGCCAGAGCUCUUACUGCCAGCUGAACUUGCCAGGAGAGGAGUCAGCGCUUCUGGCCACAUCCAGCCCCUGCUCUCAGGGUGGGUGAGGGACCUGGAAGUGGAUAAGGAACACCCACAUGAGCAGAGACUCUCCGGAAAGGCCGCUGGCUUCCCACCUUCCCCUCUCCGUCCUUCCCUGUUUCCACGGCCGGGGCACUUUGACUGGCUGCUUUGUUUCAAAUGUUGCUGCCUCAUUGGCUCCCGGCUCAAAUCUCCUCUAUUCCUGCUCCACUUCUUACAAGCUUCGCUGUUAACCCCUGCGAGCCUCAGCAGCUGCUGAUCACAGCUCCUCUCCUCCUUCCCUCCCUCCUCGCUUGCCAACGGAUCCUCGCAGCGUGGGUGAGCGCAGCCGGAGCCACUUCCAGCCCUGGGAAAUGGUCUGCUAAGCGCUCCAACCAUGUUCAGCAAGAAGAAGAAACGCAUUGAGAUCUCGGCGCCCUCCAACUUCGAGCACCGCGUCCACACCGGCUACGACCAGCAGGAGCAGAAGUUCACGGGGCUGCCGCGGCAAUGGCAGGGCAUCAUCGAGGAGUCUGCCAAGAGGCCCAAGCCCCUGGUGGACCCCGUGUGUAUCACAGCCAUCCAGCACGGCUCACAGAAGACCAUCGUACGGGGCACCAAAGCCGCCAAGGACGGCUCGCUGACCUGGCUGCUGGAUGAAUUUGAGAACAUGUCCGUGUCCCGUUCCAAUUCUCUGCGCAGGGACAGCCCCCCUUUCCCACCCCGGCGUGACCAGCUCUGCCAGGAGAACGGCCUUGCCGAGGAUUUUGGCCGCAGCAAGGACAAGAGCUGCCCCGCACCCCGUGGCGAGCCCGAGCGGGGCAAGGAGCGACCCCGCGAGCGGGACCCGCAGCGGCCCCGAGGCCAGGAGCCCGGCCCCAGAACCGGCGGUCGCCCACCCCCUCCCGAGUACCCCAAGCCCCCCCCUGAACGGGACGGCCCCGCCGACAGGGACUGCGGCGAGCGGGACGAGCGCGUGGUGCGACGGGAGCGCGCCGAGCCCUGCGACAAGCGGCCCAAAUCCACCUACGGCAACGGCAGCAGCCCUCAGUCCCCCCGUGACAAACGCCCGCUCUCCGGGCCCAAUAUCCGGACUCCCAACAUCCCCGUGUCCGAAGGGGUGAUGAAGACUGCCCAGCAGACGGGACGACCCUUUAAUACCUACCCACGGGCUGAGACCGACCCCGUCCGGGGCGCAGGUGCACAGGCUGAACCCCGGCCGGGCCGGCCUCAGGAGGCAGCACCCAACGGGCCAGCAAGCAGCGCCGCCGGCUCCUCCCGAGCCCAGCCCCCCGGCCCACCCCGCUCCAAGGUCCCUGAGCCCCCCGCUGGCCUCACCCCACACGCCUCCGAGCCCCACCUGGCCCGUCCUCCACAGCCCGGCCCCCCACCCCCUGCCGUCGGCCCCCAGCAGCCCCGCUCACCCCAGCGAGAGCCCCAACGCGUCUCCCACGAACAAUUCCGGGCAGCUCUGCAGAUGGUGGUGGAUCCGGGAGACCCACGCACCUAUCUGGACAACUUCAUCAAAAUAGGGGAGGGAUCCACCGGCAUCGUUUGCAUCGCCACGGUGAAGAGCAGCGGCAAGCUGGUGGCUGUCAAGAAGAUGGACCUGCGCAAGCAGCAGCGGCGCGAGCUGCUCUUCAAUGAGGUGGUGAUCAUGCGGGACUACCAGCACGAGAACGUGGUGGAGAUGUACAACAGCUACCUGGUGGGCGACGAGCUGUGGGUGGUGAUGGAGUUCCUGGAGGGCGGCGCGCUGACCGACAUCGUGACGCACACCCGGAUGAACGAGGAGCAGAUCGCAGCCGUCUGCCUGGCCGUGCUGAAGGCGUUGUCUGUGCUGCACGCGCAGGGCGUCAUCCACCGCGACAUCAAGAGUGACUCCAUCCUGCUGACGCACGACGGCAGAGUGAAACUCUCUGAUUUUGGGUUUUGUGCCCAAGUGAACAAGGAGGUGCCGCGGCGGAAGUCGCUGGUGGGGACCCCGUAUUGGAUGGCACCGGAGCUCAUCUCUCGCUUGCCCUACGGCCCAGAGGUGGAUAUCUGGUCCCUGGGUGUGAUGGUGAUCGAGAUGGUCGAUGGGGAGCCGCCGUAUUUUAACGAGCCGCCGUUAAAGGCCAUGAAAAUGAUCCGAGACAAUCUGCCCCCCAAACUGAAAAACGUGCACAAGGUCUCCCCCUCUCUCAAGGGCUUCCUGGACCGCAUGCUGGUGCGGGACCCGGUGCAGAGGGCCACGGCCAACGAACUCUUGAAGCACCCCUUCCUGGGCAAGGCGGGCCCCCCCUCCUGCAUCGUGCCCCUCAUGCGCCAGAACCGCAUGCGGUGAGGAGCCCCGCCGCCGUCCUCACCGUCGCCUCUUAACUGGAUUUGUGACUGUGCCGCUACUGUGGGGGCACUGGGGGGGUCCUGGCCCCCCACGCCGUACUACUGAGUCGGGAGCUGGCGGGGGACGGCGGUGCGGCCGCGCGAUGGCACCGGCCCUGUCCCCGAUCCUUCCCUGCAGAGGCUUGGGGACGGGGGGCUUUUUCCUGACCGCUCGGGAUCUGCUGUUACGGCCACCCUGGGAUCCCUUUGGGCCAUCUCAGCUCAGUCCCCGUUUCCCCCCAUUUUUUGUUUUGUUUUCCCCUCUUCAAUCUUUUUCUAUCCUUUUCUGGCCCUGUGCCCUGCAGGAGGGCCGUGUCCAGUUCCCCCCCAGCCCAACACUACAGCCCCACGGCCACACUACUGAUCUGGGUGUCCCCCCCCCCCUCAUCCCAACACUUUUUUUUUUUUUUCCUCUGUUUGUUUCUGUCUUGUUUUUUAAACAAAGCUAUUUAUAUUGUCGUUUUGUAACGCCACAGCGCUGGAGUGCCCCAGGGUUGCUAUGGGGCCCCCUGGAGAGAUUACACGUGUCCUUUUGGAGA